GCGACGUUAGACACAACCUCCUGAUGAGGUCUUUUAAAUACCCGCAGACGAGUUGGUUAUUUCCUAAAAUCAGUUACUUGAUUACUAUUCAUUGAAGAAACUCAUAACUAUUCAUCAUAACAGACAAACGUCAACUACAUAUUGGUAGAUAUUGUAAUACACCCGUCUAAAGCAAAAAGGAUAGACUAAACGUUAAAGAUGAAAACCCAUGAACAUUCGAGUGUUUCAUAAAUUAGGUUUUGAUAAAAUAUUAAAUAGCACCAUGUCGUGAGUUCACAUGUACAUAUUUCAAUGGCUUACCAUAAUAGAUAUGACGAAAAAUGGACUGUCCAAUGGAUUGUCACAAUUGUUGUUGUACUAGUGGUCUAUUUUGUAUGGAAAAAAAGACAUUUAAAGACGAAAAAUAUUGAGAAGAAAGAAUUGAACACGAAAGAAAGUCAGACAGACAAAUGCGCACUUUUGUCUUCGAAAACACAAACAGACAAAAGCAUUCUUGUGUCCACGAAAACACAAACAGUAAAAAGUAAAUGGUUCACAGAAAGGUUAACAGAAUUCGACACACGGGAUUUAGGAUCAGAUGAAGCAUUCGACUUUGUCUGUGAAAUAUGUGAUGCUGGAAAAGAGGCCGUUGGAUUCUGUCUUUGGUGUGAACAAUAUUUAUGCCUGAAAUGUUGCAAACAUCAUGAAAAGAUAAGAUUUAGCGAAAACCAUGUGCUGAAAGGGAAAGAGGAUUAUUUAUUUUCUAAGAAGCAAGUAUCAAUGUUCGGGAGAAAACUUGUCCCAGUGUAUGCGAAAGAUAUAAGUAAUUUCUUUACAAUACUGAUUGAUGGAAAGGAGGGAAACUUUGUUCCUAUUCUACAGGAGGGCGGACGCCUCUGCACCCUAUCUACGUCUUCCAAUUAUAAAAGGUAUCACAAUAUUACAGCUGAGAAGUAUUGCGCCCACAAGUAUCAAGAUCCUGAAACAGUGUUCAUCAUUGGCAAGAACAAAUGCAUAAUGCGAUUUUGCACAAAGCAUAAAAUAGCAGUCAACUGUUUUGUCACCCUAACUAACUGCACAAGUGUUACUAAAUUUAAUCACGGCCUUGCAGUUGCUCAGUAUAUAUCAACCCGCUACUCUGUGCCAAGUUGGAGUAUUCAGUUUCUCGAUUUUAAAGGAAAUAUAAACAGUUAUGUGGUUUACGAUGCAGAAGGGCGCCCUUUGUUUAAGAAUAUUUACAGUCUAACGGCCGACAAUACUGGGAAUUUACUGUAUGUGUGCGACCAGACGAGUUGCACGGUCUCUGUUUUUGGCACAAAUGGUAAACUUGUUAGGAAAAUAGCAUUCAAUUUAGACGUAUACCCACGAGAACUGGUCUUUGACAGUGAAGAUAACAUCUAUUUGGCAUGUGCGUAUCAAGUUAUCCAGAUCGAUGCACUGUGCAAAACAUUCAGAGUGCUGUUCACAUUAAAUGUAGAUCGGAAAAAUCCAAAAGGCAAUGCUAUAACACAUAUCCGCUUCAACAAAUGGACAAACAAGAUAACCAUUGUGGAAAAUGCAAAAACAGUCACUACAUUCUCAUUUCUUCCUGAAUACUGUCGCAAAUCUAGUAUUCACAAGUUCCCGAUAUAACUUUGCUUUAAGCUCAAGUGUUACAUGUAUACUCUGUGAAGCAAAACGAUUCUUGACUAAAACUAUCUCGUGUUAUCUACGUUGUUUUCUUUGUUUUCUAGGCUGAGGCACUCAGAAACAUUACUUAUAUUGAAGGAAAAAUGACGGAGCUCGUGCAUCAGCUGAAAGAUAAACUAAGACUAAUUAAAAAUGAAUUUUAAAUGUAAAUAAAAGUAAAGUAAAAUCAAAAACUCCAGAA